AUGACAGUACAGAUUGCAGACGAGGUUGAUGAUCACCUUAUGAUGAAGGAUGGCCUUGUUGUCAACAAAGAUGAUAAGGAAUAUCACGAGUAUAUGGAUUCCCUAUACCAAAAACUCGGUGAAAACAAGAAACGUAUCACUUGCCCAACAGAAAGAUCCUUAAGUGUUGCUCACCCAUGGCAUGGUGUUUCAAUCGGCCCAUCUUAUCCAGAUGUUGUCUCUGUUGUUAUUGAGAUUCCAGCAUUGAGCCGUGUCAAAACAGAACUUGAUAAGCCAUCAGGUCUUCUCAAAGUCGAUAGAAUUCUUCACUCAUCUGUUAUCUAUCCAGCAAACUAUGGUUUUAUUCCAGAAACACUCGCAGAAGAUAAUGACCCUCUCGAUGUUCUCGUCCUUUGCCAGCUCAGUGUUCCACCUCUUUCUUUGAUGAAGGUUAGACCAAUCGGUAUUAUGCCAAUGGUUGAUGGUGGUGAUCCAGAUGAUAAGAUCAUCGCUGUUGCUAUCAAUGAUCCAGAAUAUAACAUCUACUAUGAUGUUAGUGAACUCCCACCAUUCAAGCUUCUUAUGAUCAACCAGUUCUUCAACGACUAUAAGACACUUGAGCGCAAGGAAGUCCGUACAUUCAAGCCAAUGGGUGCUGGACAUGCUAAGAGAAUCAUCCAGCAAUGCUAUGACUUAUACCAUACACAUUUCAAGAUUGAUAAGAAAUAA